CCUGGCGGCGCGCCGGCGCUGCCCGCGUUGCAGAGCGGUAGCACGGUCCCGGCGCUAACGGAUACGGGAACCAGUUCGGCAGUCAUCAACGCACGUCGGUCGCUGUCCGGCAACCGCCUGAUGGAUCCGCCCAAACCGGCGAUACACAAGCGCCUGGGCGCCUUGGUUGUGUCUAAGUCGAAGGCGCUUGCGCAGAAAAGUCGAGAAACCGUGGCGCGCAAGAAACAGGUUUUCAACGCAUACAUAGAGAGUACCGCGCUAGCAGAGUACUUGCAACCGAAGUCGCCUCUGGGUCGCACGUCGAAAGGCGGAGACGUCGCGGCGGGCACGGGCGGUGCAGGCGACGGUGCCGCGGACGGGGCUACUGCGCCUGACAAGAACACGGAGCAGGAGAGCGGGGGGCUGCUGUCCCUGCUCAACCUCCUGCUGUUCGUCUUCCUAUUCGUUGCACUGAUGUCCCUGCAGAUUCGUGGCCCGGAGUCCCUCGCAAUGUCGCAAGCCAAUCUGGGGGACCAGACUCGCAGUCCUGUGUGGAUCGAUCUUGACCCGCUACGCUCGGUGAAUUACGAUGGCAUCAAGUCGAUGCAAGACGUAUUCGUCUGGUCGAAGUCUGCCUUAGUCUCCAAUCUGUACGCCGCUCCAGCCUGCGUGAGCACGGUACUGAGAGAUACUUUUCAAGAAAGAUACAAGCAGAAUGAAACAUACGGACGAGCAAAAAGACGCCAUAUUAGAUGAAGAUCCUGACAAGUCGUGUGUUGGUCUCGUAGGAUUUUCAGGACUUCUUUCUCAUAGCAAUGCAAGUUUUCGAACUACUCAACAUCGAUCCCUUUCGCAGGACGGCACGACGGUGACGUUGCUUGAGGACGGUUCCACCAGUUGCGCCGAGGAGGAAACCACCGUGAAUCGCGUUGCCGGUUGGAACAGCGGGUUUCAGUACAAGACGUUCGUUCGGAUCACGAUUCAGCAGGCCUGCUACGAGACCAACCCGGACACAAAAUGGAAGGACGGCUACCCGUCUUUGCGCGUCAGUGACCAGUACACGGACUGCACGGUCAGCAGCUGCUCCUUGGAAUCCUGCCAGGAUCCCACAGGAAACGACCGGAGCCGCCCGACCUUCGUCGGCAGCUCCGGGACCAGCUACACGUUUUACGACCCCGCGGAGCUGGGUACCUUCGCAAGAACCGGGGGCUACCAGGUCUACUUGAUGAAGAACCAGACCACCGCCCUGCAGCGGCUCGAAAAUCUGAAGACCGACCUGCUUUUUUCCGAGUUGGAGGUCACCAGCAUGGUGUUCGACUACGUGACGCAGAACAGCAACACAGACCUCUACACCUACAACUCCGUCGCUUUCAGUCAGAGUGAAACCGGGUUUUUGCUCAAGUCCGCGUCCUCGGUGCCCUUGCCGUUCGCGAUUUUCUCCGACGGCAACUACUACAGCGGCGAGCGGACCACGAUUUUAGUGCUAAGUAUCCUGUACUUUUUGUGCGUUCUCAUCUACACCUACCAGGAGGUGAACAAGCUGCGGCGGCAGCACCGCGAAACCUUCGCCGCGUACAACGAAAACCCGUUCGGCGUGGACAAACCGCACAUGUGGCAGUUUCUGAUGGACCACUACUCGAAGUCCGGAUUCAACCUGUUGGAGACCGCUUCGACGCUGAGCUCGCUGAUCAUCUUGCUCUACUUCGCGCUCUACCUCGCCCAGGCCUUCCGCACCAACUUCAUGAUCUCGGCCACGCGGCACUUCCGCUGGGAGCUGCCCAACAGCGAGGUGAAGUCCUACGGCAUUUCCGCGGAGAGCAGCGAGACGCGGCUUUUCGAGGAGGACGCGUACAUCUUUCUGCAGUUCGAGACGCUGCGCGACCUGUACGGCACAAUUUUGAUUUUCGCCAGCAUCAACAGUCUGUUCCUCACGCUGAAGGUGGUCAAGUUCGUGCUCGGGUGGAAGGUUUUCUACAUCAUCGCCACCACGCUGGCCCGCGCGCUCUCGCUCAUUCUGGUUUUCACCGUCGUGAUGACCCUGCAGCUGAUCGGGUUUGCGCUGCUGUUUCACGUCGAGUUUGGGGCGGUGAUCCCGGACCUGGGGUCGCCGGUGCGGGCCGUGGACACCAUGUUCCGGUUUCUGCUCGGCGACUUCGAGCGGAUCCUGCAGGAGAUGAAGCAAAAGGGCGACGUGCUGGCCAGCGUGAUGUUUUUCCUCUUCAUGCUGUUUUUCUACUUUCUCCUGAUCCAAAUCUACCUCGCCACGAUGAUGUCCACCUACAGCCACUGCGUCUCCAACGUCACCGUGCGGCAGGCCCACGCGCUGGUGGGGGUCUACGACGCUGACGAGGCCGCACGGCAGCUCCGCAAGAAGCGGCAGAAGGAGGCCCGGGAGCACCGGAAGAAGGCCAUGUCGGUGAUCGAGGAGGAGGGCGAUCCGCAGACCACCCUGUUCAUCGCGCGCACGCUCAACUGCCUCAAGAACCUGUUCGCCUUCUUCAGCAGCGACAACAGCGACAGCAAAAACCUCUUCGACAAGGAGCAGGAGGAGCUGAAUUUGUCCAGUGCCAACCCGGAAUUCUGGAUGCACAACGGCGGGCUGGCCGAGGUGGACCGCGACGUGGUGGACGUUACGCAGAAGUUCGAGCACGAAGCGGACAUCGCCUACGCGUGUCCCCCGCAGACCCCGGGGUACCUCAGUUUGACGCCGGAGUUUUCGGCCGGCCCGGAGAUCGCGCACGUCACGCAGCAGUUGACGCAGCUGAAGGCGAUGCGGCAGAAGCGCGACCAGGUGGACGGCGCGCCGCCGCUCACGUUCGAGAAGCAACAGGAGUUCUACCUCCGCUGCCUCAAGAACACGCUCACGGACGUGAUGUUCACGCGCAAGGGCGCGCGCCUGUUCACCAGCGACGAGAACUACGCCAGCCACACGUUUCAGGUGGAGGACUUCGCGGACCUGCAGGAGAUGGCUACCUUUCUGGCCGGGCACGUGGUGUACGGCGAGGAGUUGUGGCUGGACGCGGUGCUGUCGCAACUCGAGGAGGUAGACGCGCACUUCGUGAACACGCUGUUCACCAAAGACGCGAAGCUUCCCACGACGGAGAAGGUGGGGCAGCGCGUGCUGGAAAAGCUGCGGAAGCCGCUCUACGAGGGCGGGGAACUAGUGCUCACGUUUUUCGAGCAAAAGGCCCGCGCCGAGUACUACUCACAGGUGCUGGAGGAGGCGCACCUGAGGAAAGUGCUCUGCCGCGAGCAAAACCGAAUACUGCACGACUACGCCACGGAGCUCCAGACCUACAUCCUCAAUUCCUACCAGGAAACGAGAAAACUCGAGCGCAAAAAACUCUAUCUCCUGGAACAGUUGCGCCGCAUGGUGUAGAAGGGCAUGGGAUGCAGUUCUUCUUUUCCCUGCAUUCUCCUGAUGCGUGAGAUUGCAGAUUUUACGUACUUAUCAGCAUCGACAUACCUUCACUACAACCUGACCUACAGAUGACGGCCAGUUCCUCGAACGGCAUGUGGACCUGUUUAGUUAUGGCACAGGAUCGAUUUGAUUUCUAUUUCGCAACGAACAUCCCAAAAGGAUGAAGGACAACGGCAGACUUAGUGUGGACCAGCUGCACUGGCGGGUCUCGACAAUCAAAGCGCUAU